UACUCUGUUGGAGAGGGUGAACAGGUUCCUGGAUUUCCAACAAGCAAAAGGAAUAAAAGAAAAACUUAUUUUUGUUAUCAUUGCUUCUGCAUGAACUGCAACCUGUGCUGACCGUUUAUCUGGGUCUGCACGCUGCUCAGGUUCAUUCAUGACGAUGCUUCUAGAUGGAGGACCUCAGUUUCCCACCCUGGGAGUUGGUGGGUUUGGGACAUCUCGCCAUCAUGAAAUGUCCAACCGAGAUGCUGGCAUGGGGCUUAAUCCUUUUGCUGAACCUUCACACGCUGCAGCUUUUAAGCUCAGUCCAGCUAGUCAUGAUCUCUCCUCAAGCCAGAGCUCAGCAUUUACCCCGCAGGCUUCCGGAUAUGCCAACGCUCUUGGGCACCAUGCUGGGCAGGUGCCAUCUUAUGGCGGUGCUGCCUUUAACUCCACAAGAGAUUUUCUUUUCCGAAACCGGAAUUCUGGAAUCGGGGAUGCUUCCUCUCCAGGUGGUCAGCAUGGACUUUUUGCCAGUCAUGGCCCCCCUGGAAUCACUGAACCCCCAGGACACCUGAUCUUCCCAGGACUUCAUGAACAAAGCUCCAGCCACACUUCACCCAAUGGACAUGUCGUCAAUGGGCAAAUGCAUUUAGGGCUCCGAGGUGACAUUUUCGGACGUCCAGAUCCUUACAGAGCGGUGCCCAGCCCCAGGACUGAUCAUUAUGCAGCUGCCCAGUUUCACAACUACAACCACAUGAAUAUGAGUAUGAAUGUUGCUGCUCAUCAUGGCCCAGGGGCAUUUUUUAGAUAUAUGAGGCAACCUAUCAAACAAGAACUAUCGUGCAAGUGGAUGGAGGAAUCACCUAUGAACCGACCGCAGAAAACCUGUGACAGGACAUUUAGUAGUAUGCAUGAACUGGUUACACAUAUGACAAUGGAACAUGUUGGGGGACCAGAACAAACUAAUCACAUUUGUUACUGGGAAGAAUGUCCCAGGGGAGGCAAAUCUUUCAAAGCAAAGUACAAACUGGUUAAUCAUAUAAGGGUGCAUACUGGAGAAAAGCCUUUUCCAUGUCCAUUUCCUGGAUGUGGGAAAAUAUUUGCACGUUCAGAAAAUCUAAAGAUCCAUAAAAGAACUCACACAGGUGAGAAGCCUUUUAAGUGUGAGUUUGAAGGAUGUGACCGACGGUUUGCAAACAGCAGUGACAGGAAAAAGCAUAUGCACGUGCAUACAUCAGACAAACCCUACAUCUGUAAAGUCUGUGAUAAAUCCUACACACACCCUAGCUCUCUACGGAAACACAUGAAGGUACAUGAAUCUCAAGGGUCUGAUUCAUCCCCAGCUGCCAGUUCAGGUUAUGAAUCUGCCACCCCACCAGCAAUGGUUUCUGCCAGUAGUGAGGAGUCUUCUAAAACUACUUCAGCAGUAAUACAGACUAACAGCAACACUCACAACCCAGGAUUACUUCCACCCAAUUUUAAUGAGUGGUAUGUUUAAAAAAACAAAAAAAGAAAAAACAUGAAGGCAAAAAUCACGCUCAAUAAAAAGGACCAAAUGAAGUGCAGAGACCAAGAAGGUUGUUCUACCAAGGUGGAGAUGGAGUUUAUUAAACAACAGAACAGGGCUUUGUUUUGUCACCCUGGAUUUCCCCCCCUCUAUAAAGAAGGCUGUGGACUAAUUGUGUCCCUUUCUCAGGAUCUGAAAACAUAUUUUGGCAUUUUCCAUUCCUUAUCUAUUUUUUACUUUUUUUAUUUUAACAAUAAUACAUAUUUUCUUUUUCAUUUCACAUUAUAGAAGGUUCUUAAACAGUGUAUUUAACAGAUAAAAAAAAUGUCCAUUCACCUUUACGGUGACUGUAAAACUCUCACAUUCUUAAACCGUGCCAAAGUCUUGUUAUGUCUUGAACUUUCUCAAAGCAGUACACUUGUGAAUGUAUUCCUUGUCCUAUAGGGUCAAAGCUGUUGUUUGGUAUAUUUUCAGGAUGGGGGUGUGUGUUAAUUCACAGAUUGUGACCGUUUAGUAUUCAGUUGCCUUUUGUAAGAAGUUUUGUAAAUAUAUCCAUGAUGCCAUAUUUAUCGUUUGUAAUUUAAUUAUUGAUACAAGUGCCGGGAACUGAACAAUAUUUAUGAAAAAAAUUUUCUAACAAAAACUCUGUAUAGCUUUUGGUUAUAACUGCUUUAGCAUUAAAAUUUAUUGUUUUGAAAAAAAAAUCUAAUUUUAAAUUUUCUAACUUUUGCAUUAACAGAAUCUUUUAUUGAGGGAAAAAAAUAUUCCACCUAUUGAAGACUAUUUUUUGAAAAGCUGUUACAGUCUGUUGCAGGUGUUUAGGUGACAAGGAUAGGUAUCAAAGACAUUUCAGACUAGUUGAUAUUUGUUUUAAGCAGUAAGUAUAAUACAUUUUCCUUUCAACGUUGUUCAGGCAAAUCAAAUAUUUCUAAUCAAUUCAGUUGGGGACCAUGACAUCUCUAUCUAACGCUUCAAAGAACAAAUGGGAACAUGCUGCUCUUCUACAGCAAAUUUCAAAGAGUUUAAUAGGUUCAGUUUUAUCUAGGAAGGAAAAAAAUUCUUAAAUGGAAUAUUAAUACUGUGACAUACAAAUUGACAUAGCCAGGUAGAAAUGCGGGGGUUAAAAAAAAAAUAAUAAUGUAGGAAAAUGUAAUUGAAGUUUUAGGCCUUAACAUAACAGCAGUGACAGUAUGGUUAAGAAAAAAAAAAUGAUGUCAGGGCCUGAAAAAAAAAAAUUCUCAGUGAACACAGUGUAAAUAUCAAUAUGUGGUAUGCUAAUAAAUUAAAGUUUGUAAUAAAUAGUAUUAAUUAGUGAGACACAGCGAAAAUUAUAUUGAUGGAUUCAAUUUACAGGACUAUUUAUUUGCAUAAUUAUUUUAGUGUAUGGUUAUGGUUUUAGCACACAGGAUUGUGUCUAGUCCUGUACUUUCCCCCCAUAAUGUAGGGCUCCUUAAUUUAUUGUAUAAGCGUUUACAAUUUUGCGAUUUCAAUCGUAGUAAAAAGUAUGUUUCCUGUUGUUAUUAACAUGGCAAUAUGGUAGUAAUUCUUUGGCUCCACCCCUUCCAUUAGUGCUAUAUCUUUAGAUUGGAGGCAAUACAGUACAGUAUACAUAUAUCAUUAUUUGCAGUAUGCAUGCAAUAGAUGGCUACAUGUUGGUCUAAUGUUGAAUUUGUACCAAAAAUGGAACCUGAUGGAAUGUAGAGGGUGACUGGUACUUGGACUGUUAACUAGUGCAUCGAUAUCAGUCACUGGUUGAGGGGUAGGUAGUUCUGCAUAGGGCUUGCAAUCAUGUAGCUUAAAGAAUUGGAGUCAUGCUACUGAAUUUUUUUUAGGAGAAACCAUAUUUUUAUUGGUAUCAUUUUAUUAAUAUAAAGUCUUGGCAAAUGUAAUUAGAAAUUAUUAUUUUUAUAAUUAUUUUUAUGGGUAUUUUUUAUGGGUAUCCUAAAUGAAGAAAAACAUAUCAUUAAAACGGGUGCAUGCCUAAUAAAAUGAUUUACAUUUAGUUUUUUUAGUGCCUAAAUUAAAUUUUUUUCCAUCUCUUCUCUAAUCCUAAUGUAGCUAUACAUAGAGCAAGGGGGUAUAUUUUUUAACUGGAAGCAUUUGUGUCUUAUAGUCUU